GAAGCAUCUCGCGGAGAGGGGGGGGGAGGCAGAGACGCACGCGCGCCCGCCACCUCCAUGCCAAACGGGGCGCCCCGGCCACGAGGCGACUUCGCCAGACUGGAUUAUUUCUAAAAAGAACCCCUGGGCAUACCAGUAGCAACUUACACCAUGGCAGCAGGAGUAGCAGCAUGGCUGCCUUUUGCUCGGGCAGCUGCUAUAGGAUGGAUGCCGGUGGCCACAAACCCCAUGCCGACUGCCCCUCGCCAAGAGAGGAAGCGUAGCCAGGACUCUCUGAUUGUGCUGAAUGUCAGUGGCACCCAGUUCCAGACCUGGCUGGAUACCCUGGAACGCUAUCCUGACACGCUGCUGGGCAGCUCAGAAAGGGAUUUCUUCUACCAUCCUGAGACGCAGCAGUACUUUUUCGACCGGGACCCUGACAUCUUCCGACACAUCCUCAAUUUCUACCGAACAGGGAAGCUACACUACCCGCGUCAAGAGUGCAUCUCAGCCUAUGAUGAGGAGCUGGCCUUCUUUGGUAUAAUCCCUGAGAUCAUUGGAGACUGCUGCUAUGAGGAAUACAAGGACCGGCGGCGGGAAAAUGCCGAACGUCUUCAGGAUGAUGCUGAUCAGGAUAAUGCUGAUGAAUGCAAUCUGCCCUCCAUGACAGCCCGGGAGAGGAUGUGGCGGGCCUUUGAGAAUCCACACACCAGCACGCUGGCCCUGGUAUUUUACUAUGUUACGGGCUUCUUCAUUGCCGUCUCCGUCCUUGCCAAUGUAGUGGAGACAGUACCCUGUGGGCUAAGUCCUGGUACCAUCAAGGAGCUGUCCUGUGGAGAGCGCUAUGAUGUGGCUUUCUUCUGCCUGGAUACCGCCUGUGUCAUGAUCUUCACAGUUGAGUAUCUGUUGCGUCUAGUGGCUGCCCCGAGCCGUUACAAGUUUGUGCGUAGUGUCAUGAGCAUCAUCGAUGUAGUGGCCAUUAUGCCCUAUUACAUUGGUCUUGUGAUGACCAACAAUGAGGAUGUCAGUGGGGCCUUUGUAACACUGCGUGUCUUCCGUGUAUUCCGGAUCUUUAAGUUUUCCCGCCACUCGCAGGGUUUGCGCAUCCUGGGCUACACUCUGAAAAGCUGUGCAUCAGAGCUUGGCUUUCUCCUCUUUUCUCUCACGAUGGCCAUCAUAAUCUUUGCUACGGUCAUGUUCUAUGCUGAGAAAGGCUCAACGUCCACCAAAUUCACCAGCAUCCCUGCAGCUUUCUGGUAUACCAUUGUCACUAUGACCACCCUUGGGUAUGGUGACAUGGUGCCGAAGACAAUAGCGGGGAAGAUCUUUGGCUCGAUUUGUUCCCUGAGUGGGGUCUUAGUCAUUGCCCUUCCAGUUCCUGUCAUUGUCUCCAAUUUCAGCCGCAUCUACCAUCAGAACCAACGGGCAGAUAAACGCAAGGCACAAAAGAAAGCCAGGCUCGCCAGGAUCCAUGCAGCGAAGAGUGGGACUGCAAAUGCAUACAUGCAGAGCAAAAGGAAUGGCUUACUCAGUAACCAGUUAUGCGGUGAUGAACAAGAGGCCUUUGUUAGCAAAUCUGGUUCUCCCUUUGAAAUCCAGCACCACCACCUGCUGCACUGUCUGGAAAAAACCACGAAUCAUGACUUCCUGGACGAACAAGCCUACGAAGAAAGCUGCAUGGAGAUGUCUACUGUCAACAGGCAGUCCAGCCAUAGUCCUUCCCUCUCUUCUCAACAUGGAGUGACGAGCUCUUGCUGCUCACGGAGACAUAAAAAGACAUUCCACAUCCCAAACACUAACCUAACUGGCAGUCGCCCAAGUACUGUUCAAGAACUCAGUACCAUUCAGAUCAGAUGCAUGGAAAGAACACCUCUGUCUAACAGCCGAUCCAGUUUAAAUGCCAAAAUGGAAGAGUGUGUUAAACUAAACUGUGAGCAGCCUUAUGUAACCACAGCAAUAAUCAGCAUUCCAACACCACCUGUGACUACACCGGAGGGAGACAAUAGACCGGAAUCUCCAAGGUACUCAGGAGGAAACAUUGUCAGAGUUUCUGCUUUAUAAAACAGUUAGAAUAAAGACCACUCAGAAGCUGAACUGCAGCCAAGAGCAUAAGAUCCCGAAGAAAGAAGGACACAACAACUCUUUGUUCAGUGGAAUGGCAAACAAGAGGAAGAAAGAAAAUUUGAGUUUCUGGAGAUGCAAAACAUUUGGGGUUUUCAAUAUUGAACUGUGUGCUUUGGGCAACCAAAUGGAAUUUCUACACAUCACUUGAACUUUUCUGGAGCAAACUCUUCUGUGACUCUUUUGAUUUACUCUAUGAGCACAAUGAAAUGUCUCCCAUUGAUGCUUCUUCUUACCAUGAAAAAUCUUUUUGAUAAAAUAUCUAAAAAAAAACAAAAACA